CAUUUCCUCUCAUAAAGAUCCUGCACGUUUGUCUCUUCCCUGAUUAAUAAACUUUCCUCCAACCGCUUCAAUUACUUCAUAAAUCGGCCGUUACGCCAUACAGACCCGACAGUAUGGUCGUUUCCAUUGAUGACCUAAAGCAUCUAUCCCUGAAUGGAAGUGACUCCCCUAAGACCAAUGGCACCCAUGUUCAGGAGCUUGAUGCCCUUAUUGUUGGUGCAGGGUUCGGAGGCGUCUGGCAGUUGAAGAGGCUCCGUGAUGAAGGCUACAAGGUAAAGUUGGUCGAGUGUGGUGACAACUAUGGCGGUGUCUGGUAUUGGAACCGUUACCCUGGUGCUCGUGUUGACAGCGCCAUCCCCUUUUAUGAAUUCUCCGACCCAGCUUUGUGGAAAGAUUGGACCUGGAAGGAGAGAUUUCCCGGCAGUGCUGAGCUCCGAUCUUAUUUCUCAUAUGUGGCGGACAAGUGGGAUCUCAGGAAAGAUACCCAGUUCGAAACUUUUGUAUCAUCAGCCACUUGGGACGAUGUUGAGUCGAGGUGGACAAUCAAGACCAAGGCUGGGGAGACUUACAAGGUUAAGUACUUCCUGCUUAACACCGGUUUCGCUGCAAAGAGAUACAUUCCUGAUUGGGAGGGUAUCGACAAGUUCAAAGGAACUUUCCUCCAUCCCUCCUACUGGCCUCAUGAAGAACCUGAUCUUAAGGGCAAAAGGGUUGCCGUCAUCGGCACGGGAUCUACUGGUAUUCAGAUCGCUCAAGAGCUAAGCAAAGUUGCCGAUCAUCUUACCGUCUUCCAACGUACCUGCAACAUGUCGCUCCCCAUGCGACAAGUCGAGUAUGUGCCCCCGGAGCAGUACUUCCCCAAACCCGAAUACCCAGCCUUGUUUGAAGGCCGAACAGACAGUUUCUCUGGUUUCGCAUUCAACUUCCUUCCCCGCUCAACUUUUGACGAUGAGCCCGAAGAGCGCGCAAAGACCUACGAGAAGCUUUGGGCCGAAGGAGACUUCAGCUUCUGGCUGGCAACCUACUAUGACAUGCUCUUCACAAAGGAAGCGAACAAUGAGGCUUAUAAGUUCUGGAGAGAUAAGACUCGGGCAAAGAUCAACGAUCCUAAGGUCGCCGAGAUCCUUGCACCGACGGAGCAGCCGUAUGCCUUCGGAUGCAAGCGCAUCUCUUUAGAGCAGGGAUACUUUGAAAUCUACAACCAGCCAAACGUCUCCCUUGUUGACACCAGCUCCAAGGGAACCCCGAUUGUCGAGAUUACCGAGAAGGGUAUCAAGACUUCUGAGAAGGAGCACGAGUUUGACUUCAUCGUCUGUGCCACUGGUUACGAUGCUGUCACUGGUGGUCUCUGCCAGAUCGAUAUCAAGGGACCUUCAGGUGUAUCGCUCAAGGAGCACUGGAGCGAGUCUGGAGCAAAGACAUACCUUGGUCUUGGAUCCUCUGGGUUCCCCAACAUGUUUUUCACCUACGGACCCCAAGGCCCAACAGCUCUGUGCAAUGGCCCGACAUGUGCUCAAUUGCAGGGCGAUUGGAUUGUCAAUGCGAUGAACUAUAUGAAGGAGAAGAACCUCAAGAAGAUUGUACCAACAAAGGAGAGCGAAGCCGAAUACAAGGAAUUGAUUUGGAAGCUUGCCAAUGCAAGCUUGUUGCCCACUGUAGACUCGUGGUACAUGGGUACGAACAUCCCCGGAAAGACGAGGGAGCCUAUGAUCUACCUUGGUGGAGUUCCAACAUACUACAAGACGAUUAACGAGUCCGCUGCAAAUGGCUACACUGGUUUUGAGCUAUCAUAGAUAUCCACACAAGUAUAGAAGAAUCAUAGUAUAUUCG